AUGCUGGUCAUAAUGUCUGAAGGAGUGUGGUUGAAUUUGUUCGCCGAUAAUCAGAUUUUACUCUUUGGUAUUUCUGCAGUUGCCAUUGCUGGUUUCAUGGUUAAAUUGAACUUCCAAGCUGAUAAGUCGCAAAAAAAGAGUAAAUUGGAUCCAAAAGCAGCAGGUUCAAAGUUUGUUUCAAAAACCGGCUCAAAAACCGGCUCUGCUAAUGCCGAGAGACCUUUUGGACAUUGGGAUCCUGACUAUACAUUCAAGACACCUGUACCUGAAGCCUAUCCAAACUGGGAUAUAAACAAGACCAAGCCAGUGCCAUAUCGUGCUUUUAAGCAUCAUUAUCAUGUGACCAUGGGUAUUAGAAACAUGGACUGGCAAUCAUGGAUUGAGUUGGAUAAUCAAUGGCAAUAUUAUCAUGAUUUGAAAUUGAAAAGAUUGGGAACUUUGGGCAAGGAAAUUUAUGGAAUCAGUGAUAAAGCUCUAGAUGCAUGUUGGGAGUUGUUGUUUGAAUUGUGUAAUUUCUUACCAAAAAGAUAUCCAACGUUAUUCUCAUAUGACGAAAACACCAAGAUCCUAGAAAUCAAAGCUACAAAUGAGAUUUUCGAUUUGAAAGAUACGGAAAAUCUCAACCCUAUAGUUACCGCUGGUAAAUUAAUUCAAGACGAUCUUGCUGUGUUGGUUGAAAAUGAGCAAGGCUCAUAUAGUCUUGAAGCAGGGUGUGUUGCCCUUGCUGGAUUUUGGCGUCUCAAGGAUAAGUAUCAGAUGACAUUGGAUGAUCUUCAUCUUUCUGCAGAUGUUCCAGUGCCAGACUAUAAGCAAAAAUUGGGUCCAGCAAUGAAUAGGUUUUUCAGAAGAUUACCAGUUGGACAGCCUGUUUUGAGAAAUAACUAUUUUAUUCAAACUGAUAAUGACUUGGCUUGGUCAUUUUCCAUUGGUAAAGAAACAGAUGAAAAAGUCGGUUGGUAUACUGCAGCCGAAGCAACCGAUAUCAACCAGCUACAUCUCCGUAGCGAACGUCAAAGUUUGAGAAGAUUACCAAUUUCAGGAGCCAUUGUGUUUACAAUCAGAACUUAUUUCUUGCCAAUCACAGAAUUGUGUAAGGAGCCUUACGUACCAAGAAGAUUAUUAAAUGGAAUGAAUAGCUGGCAAGAUAACGUUCAGGAAUACAAGGGGUUUGAGAAGUAUAAAAAAGUCUUGUUACCAUAUCUUGAGAAAAUGGCAGAGGAACAAGAAGCCAAUGGAUUAGUUUUGGAAGAGGAACCUCAAACGUAUCCUUAUUGA